AUGGCUUCCCCUAGCAUUCUCACCUUUGACGCUGAGGGUCGGGCAGUGGACUUUGAGGUCUGGGUAGAUGAUCUGCAGCUUUUCCUGCAGUGCGAUAGGGCAUACGGCCUCUCCCUGUUUGACCUCACUUCUGGUGCCUCCUCUGCCCCUGCUGCUGAUGUUGACGCCACUAUUCGCUCACAGUGGGCCACACGUGACGCUGCUGCUCGCCUUGCUGUGCGCCGCCACUUACCGACCACUGAGCAUGCACACUUUAGCCAGUACAAGAGUGCUCAGACCUUGGACCACUUCCUCUCUGUUUGCCCCACCACUCUCACCGUUGACCUCCUCGAGAAGGCCCUCCUAGCGAUACAGAAGAGCAUAGUCGCUCUAGGCGCCUCUCGUGGUGACCCUCGCACCCCCGUCUUUGAGGGGUGUUCUCCCUCCCCCCUCUUGCCCUCUGUUGCCUCUGCUGCUGCGGCCGACCUCGUUGGUUUCGAGUCCGUCCGCGCUGCGUCUGCCCCGAGCGGGAGACGCCGCACCGGCAAGGGCAAGGGGGGCAAGGGCACUGGAGGAGGUGGAGGGGGCGGUGGAGGUGGUGGUGGAGGCGGUGGAGGGAGUGGGGGUGGUAGUGGGAGUGGUGCUGGGGGUGGCGGCGGCCGCGGCAGCAGUGGAGGCGGCGGAGGCGGUGGUGGUGGCGGAGGGAGCGGAGGCGGCGGAGGUAGUGGAGGAGGCGGAGGUGGAGGAGGCGGCGGAGGCGGCGGAGGCGCCAGCGGCGGCGGAGGCGGCGGUGGUGGAGCGAGUCACGACUCUGCGUCGAGGAGUGGCGCCAGUGGUGGUCAGCGCCAGCAGCAGCAGCGGAGUGGUUGCGGGGGUCCGCACUCCACCCAGCGCUGCUUUGGUCGCCUGACGGACGCGUGGCGUCGCCAGUUCCCUGAGGCGUCAGAGAUCCCUCGCUGGGGAGAGCUGUCUAGGGCGGGGGUUGCUAUCUUUGAUCUUGACUUUGAUGCUAUUCUUGCUGCCAUGUAUGCUGUUGCUGAUAGUGUUGAGGGUGCCUGUUACCUGUGUGUACCGCCUGACCCGGGCAUUGAGGCUGCUGCGCUAGGUGCUGGUGAGACUGCUGCUCUAGGUGCUAGUGCGUCUGCUGCCCCAGGUGCCAGUGCGUCUGCCGCCCCAGGUGCUCGUGAGUCUGCUCUCUCCGGUACUACGUCGGCUCAGGCCUUCCACACCUUCACCCUGGACUCGGGUGCGUCCCGCUCCUUCUUUCGAGACCGCACCACUCUUACGCCGCUUAGUCGGCCGGUUGCAGUCUCCCUAGCAGACCCCUCUGGGGGUCCUGUCCUUGCUAGCUUCUCCACUGUCCUUCCGUGCCCUGGAGCCCCCUCUGGCACCCUGUGUGACUCUCCUUUGCCUCGUCUCCGAGGCAUGGCCUCCCGUGUCCUUGUCUCUGGUCUUCCUCGGUCUCUCCCUCCCCUUCCUCCGGGGCCUGGCCCUACCUACGUCCCCUGCGUCGAGGGGCGACAGCGCGCCGCCGCUCACUCCUUCGAGUUUCCUCCGACAGAGGCUCCGCUGCAGACUCUACACAUGGAUGUGUGGGGCCCAGCCCGCGUCAGUGGGCAGGGGAGAGAGCGGUACUUUCUGCUGGUCGUUGACGACUACUCGCGUUACACCACAGUCUUCCCCUUGCGCAGCAAGGGUGACGUCACUGAGGUGUUGAUCGACUGGAUCCGCGCAGCUCGUCUCCAGCUCAGAGGUGUUUUGCGUCUGCACUCGGACAGAGGAGGGGAGUUUUCCUCUGCCCGUCUGGGAGCCUUCUGUCAGGCACAGGGCAUCCGCCAAACCUUCACGCUUCCGGCUUCUCCACAGCAAAAUGGGAUUGCUGAGCGCCGCAUUGGCAUGGUCAUGGACGUCGCGCGUACGUCCAUGAUCCAUGCGGCUGCCCCCCAUUUUCUGUGGCCGUUUGCGGUUCAGUACGCCGCGCAUCAGCUCAACCUUCAGCCCCGGGUCUCCUUGCCAGAGACCUCCCCCGCCUUGCGGUGGACAGGGAAGGUUGGCGAUGCGUCUGCGUUUCGGGUCCGGGUAGACCCAGUCGAGCCUGUCGAGGUAGCUGUAGACUCUGGUGCUGCUAGAGGUGCUGAGCCUGCGGGUGCCGGGUUUGCGGGUGUCGGGUCUGGGGGUGCUGAGUCUGGGGGUGCUGAGACUGGAGGUGCUGAGCCUGGGGGUGCUGAGUCUGGGGGUGCGGAGCCUGGGGGUGCUGGGUCUGCUCGUGUGGCCGCCGGCGGUACUUCGUCGAGGCGGGAGCCGCUCUCUCCACAGGAGCUGCGCGUGUGGUUCGCCCGCCGCUGGAGACGUGCUGCUGAGUCCAGGGGUGUUAGCGCUGAUGUUUCUACUGGUGCUGGUGCGUCUGGGGGUGCUGCUGAGGCAGCUGGUGCUGACGGUCCUACUGGAGUUGGUGCUGCUGGAGCUGGAGCUCCUGGGGGUGUUGGCGCUGGUGUUCCUACUGGUGCUGGUGCGUCUAGGGGUGCUGCUGAGGCAGCUGGUGCUGACGGUCCUACUGGAGUUGGUGCUGCUGGAGCUGGAGCUGCUAGGGGUGUUGGCGCUGGUGUUUCUACUGGUGCUUACGGUCCUACCGGAGUUGGUGCUGCUGAAGCUGGAGCUGCUGGGGGUGUUGGCGCUGGCGGUGCUGCUGGCGCUGGUGCUUUUGAGGGUACUGGAGUUGGCGCUGUUGGAGCUGGAGGCUCUGCUGGCGCUGGUGCUGCCGCUGGGGGUACAGGUGCCGUACUUGCUGGUUCUAGAGGCGCUGCGCGGCCGAGGCCGUACUUCGUUCUACUCCUGGAGCAGUCGCAGUCACAGUUACCGCCCGCCUCCCCUCUACCUUCUCCUUCUCCCUACACUGGUCCUACUGGAGGUCUUGCUGAGCGUCGUGAGCCUGCGUCUCGUCCCACGUCACCUGUUUGUGCUGCUCGCACUAGUGGUCGUACUGCGCGUCCGCGUCCUCCUGCGGUCCCCGGCACACACCAGAUGGCACUGCGUCCUUCCACUGCUCCUCUGCGUGUCCCGUUGCCGUCUCCUCCAGAGUCCUCUCUUCCUUCGCUUGCUGACCCGGAGUCUGACUCCCUUCGUACUGCUAGUCCUUCGGUCACGCGCCUUCUUGCUACUAUCGUCACUGACCCUUCCUUUGAGUCUGCUGCUGCGUCUGCUCUCGUUGCUGAGCUUGUCGACUUUGCUGCUCGCUGUCGUCUAGACUACGCUGCCAGUCUUGUUGCUGAGUCUGAGUCUGUCUGUCCUCCGUCCGUCGGGGGUGAGUGUGCUCUUAGCACGGACGUCCUUGAGGACAGGCAGGAGGAGUUCCAGUGCUUUGCGGUUGCUUUGCCCCAUCUCGUGUCCACGCUGAUUGCCCCUGAGGGAGACCCGGAUGCACCAGACAUCCCGACUCCUCGAUCGUACGCUGAGUCGAUCGAGGGUCCCUACUCCUCUCAGUGGCAGUCGGCCAUGGAUGCAGAGAUGGCUUCCUUGAAGUCCACAGGCACCUACGUCGAAGAGGUUCCCCCACCUGGGGCGAACAUCGUCAGUGGGAUGUGGAUCUUCAGGGUGAAGCGGGCGCCGGGCUCUCCGCCUGUCUUCAAGGCGCGUUACGUGGCUCGAGGCUUCAGCCAGCAGCAGGGAGUUGACUACUUUCAAACCUUCUCUCCCACCCAGAAGAUGACCACUCUUCGGGUGCUACUGCACAUAGCCGGUCAGCGCGACUACGAGCUUCACUCUCUUGACUUCAGCACUGCUUUCCUGCAAGGCAGCCUGCACGAGGAGAUCUGGCUGCGCCGCCCUCCUGGCUUCAUUGGGUCGACUACACUUGCGGCUCUUGGGUUUGCUCCUUCUACACCCGACCCGUCGCUGUUUCUACGCACCGACACCUCUUUGCCGCCGUUCUACAUCCUCGUGUACGUCGACGACCUGGUCUUUGCCACUGCUGGACUCGCCCACGUGAAGUUGGAGCUGCAGAAGAGACACACGUGCACAGACCUGGGUGAACUGCGCAGCUACCUUGGCUUGCAGAUCACCCGGGACAGAGCACAGCGCACCAUUACCCUGACUCAGUCACACAUGGUGCAGCAGGUCCUUCAGCGCUUCGGCUUCACGUACUCCUCGCCUCAGGCCACUCCUCUGCCUACUCGCCACUCGCUCUCAGCUCUGCCUUCGGAUGAGUCCGUAGAGUCGAGUGGCCCGUACCCAGAGCUUGUUGGCUGCCUCAUGUACCUGAUGACCUGCACACGACCUGACCUUGCAUACCCUCUUAGCAUCUUGGCACGCUAUGUUGCUCCCUGGAGACACCGACCAGAGCACAUGGCUGCAGCGAAGAGGGUGUUGCGCUACGUGUGCAGUACGUCGGGCAUGGGGCUAGUGCUUGGAGGGCGACGUCGAGUAGUCCUCACAGGUCACGCUGACACUUCUUGGGCUGACGACCAGGCUACGCAGCGGUCGUCACAGGGUUACACCUUCAGCCUUGGCUCGGGCUUUGUUUCGUGGCGGUCUACCCGCUCGUCUUCUGUUCUCGGCUCCAGCUAUGAGGCUGAGAUCUACGCAGGGGCCAUGGCUGCACAGGAGCUACGCUGGCUCACCUACCUGCAGACUGACCUAGGAGAGCUGCCUCGUUCUCCUCCAGUUCUGUACGUAGACAACAAGGCCAUGCUGGCCUUGUGUCGGGAGCACAGACUGGAGCACAGAACGAAGCACAUUGCUCUCCGCUACUUCCUGUCUCGUGAGCUGCAACAGCGUGGUCAGCUCCGCUUCACCUACGUGGCCUCUGAGGCCAACACUGCUGAUAUCUUCACCAAGGCCCUUCCGCCUUGUGACCAUCAGCGCUUCUGUACUGAAAUCAACUUUUGA